UAUAUACAACAUACGUGUGCAAAUUAUCAAUAUUUUGCACUUGAAACUGCGGUAGACGAAAUAAAUCAAACGUAUAUAAUUUGAUUUUCGUCCUUGUUGUAUACAAACAUAUCACUUAUGCACACUUGACAAGAACUUGAGUUCAAAAUCUACAAAAUGGACAACAUUAAGUACAAUGGGAGCUGUCACUGUGGUCAAGUACAAUGGGAAGUACUUGCGCCGAGAACUUUGAAUGCAAUUGACUGCAACUGUACAAUUUGUAUCAAGAAACAGAAUAAACAUGUGAUUGUACCUUCGGCACAAUUUAAACUUCUCAGUGGUCAAACAGGAUUAUCUACGUACACAUUUAAUACACAUCAAGCCAAGCAUAUGUUUUGCAACAAGUGUGGCGUGCAGAGUUUUUACAUACCGAGAAGUAACCCGGAUGGAAUUGGUUUCAUGCCGCAUUGUAUUGAUCGACCCCAACCAAAAGUAGUUGUUGAAAAUUUUGAUGGAAACAAAUGGGAGGAAUCAAUGGAAAUGAAGGGUGCUGAUAUCUCAAAGAGGUCCAAGCAAUGAAAUCCCAAAUUUAUAGCCACAUUCAUGUUAGAAUUGAAACAUAAAUAUGCAAAUAUUUAUUUAAAUAGUGGCGUUAUGUUUCACAUAUUUGAAACAUAAUUUGCACCAGUCAUGUCUCGUUAAUAUAAAUAGAUCUAUGCAAUUCACCAGAAUAAAAUGCAUAAGAAAUGUAUGGGAUAAAUCAGGA